AUGCUCCCACUUUCCGUCACUUGGCUCGCUUUUGUGUUUGGUGCUGUAGCCAUCGCUGCGGGCAUAGCUCGCGGCACGACAUUCGGCGGAUCCUACGACGACUACUGCCCUACUCCAGGCAAUGCUCCGGAAGGAAACAUCUACGCCUGCUUCCGAUCCAACGAUGGCCCUCCAAGCCUGUCUCGAGGCGUGCAGAAGCACUCGGCGAUCAAGAGCUCGCGCAGCAGCCCGCGCGACUUUGCACUCGUCAUGACCAGCUCCGACCAGUCCAUGUUCCGGACCAACACACACGCGGUCACUAUUGAUGCGGAUGCUUUGGGCUGCGUCAGGUACACCGUCUCUCCCAGUGCUCGACAGGACACUUGGUGCACGAACCAGGAUCCGAUUGUGAUCUGA